AUGGACGGUGCGCAAGUGACUUGUCUGAUUGCGUCGGUCGUCGCCGCCAUCAACGCCCACGCCUUGACGGCUGCGGACGAGCGCGCGCUCACCAUCACGGUGACCGACGGCGUCGUCUCGAUCGAAGCGCGCAACGCGGCGUGCUCGGUGGCUGGCUGCUCCAAAUUUGCCAAGCUGCACGGCCACUGCAUUGCCCACUGGCACACGCAAGGCUGCCAGAGCCCGCGGUCGCAGGCGGCGGCCGAGCCGCCGACCAUGAGCCCGAAUGGAACGACGCCAACGACGCGCAUCGUGUGCAAAGCCAAGCCGGCGCCGCCCACGCGCAUGUGCAAGACGCCGGGGUGUCAAUCGUACGCGCGGCGGUUCGGGCGCUGCUCGCGCCACGGCGGCGCCAGUCUCUGCACCGUCAAGGGCUGCUCGACGCCGUCCCAGACCGGCGGGCGCUGCCGCGUGCAUGGCGGCGGGAGUCAGUGCAAGGUCGCCGAUUGCACGACCUUUGCGCGCCUCCACGGGUUCUGCCUCGAGCACUACGAAGAGACGUUGAAGCAAGCUGUGAAAGCCGGCGACGACUAGAUAUUCUGGUCAAUAUUUAAUAUAUUUGGAGUACCGUC